AGAAAUUGCAGGAACAAGGCCUCUCUUGGCGUUGUAAAAUAGCUGGAGAGAAACUCUCUCUUCUGUCUUCCUUUGUCUUUAAGCAAUGCAGCUGCUUAGAGAACCUCGCUCCCUUAAAUUCAAGAAUCUCUGCCCAUGCAUCUUCCUCACCUCUCUCUCUAGGGUUUCGAAGCACGAUCUGCUAGAAUGUCUAGCUCCUUCUCGCAGAAGCGCUAGAAUUCGAGCUUUUUCUUGGAUCUUGAGGUCCAAUUCAAGGAUAUUCCGAGCUUCUUCUCCGGAAAACGCGAGAAUUCGAGCUUUUUCUAAGCUUUCAAGGUUUGAUUCACUGAAAUUCCGAGCUUCUUCUCGCCAAAACACGAGAAUUCAAGCUUUUUCUACGGUUCCGAGGACCGAUUCUAUGAAAUUCGAUUAUUCUUCUCGUGAAAACAUGAGAAUUCGAGCUCUUUCUUUGAUUUUAUGUUCCAGUCAUAAACACCAUAAUUCGAGAUUUUCCUAAGCUUUUUAGUUCCGGUUUUGUGCAAUCUGUCUUCUUAUUCUUCUUCUUCUUCUUCUUCUUCUUUUUUCCUUUUUACGGUGAGCCUAGAGAUCUUUAAGGUCUGAUUCUCUGGAGUCAAAAACUUCCUGCCGAUGUUCACACAGAAACGCUCAAUUUGGAGGCUCUCCUACGAUGUCGAGAUGUUAUCCGCCGAUACCUCACUGUGCCUGUUGACUGUGUCCUAGAAUCACUUGAUUUCUAGCUUUUGUUAAGAUCUUGAGUUUCAACUCAAGGAAACCUCCAGUCGCUCUUCUUCCAGAGAUACCCAAUUUAGAGAUUCUCAUCUAGUUUUGAUGUCCAAACUAAGAAGUCCCGAUCUUGCCCCUACCUACCAUUGAGAAAUAUUCUAGAAUUCAAGAAUUUAGGGCAUUUCAAUAUUUAAAUUUCCAGGUACUCAGGUCUCUUAGCAGUAACACUAGAAUUUCACUCUUUCUCGACGUCUGAUUUUCUGAAACUCAUAAUUCCCCUCAGCAAUUCAAUCCUUCUACUUUCCUGUUGCAGAAGCCUUUGCUUCCAAGCAUUCCCCACACUUGAAUUUCAGGAAUUCGAUUCUUCCUUUGAUAUUCAUGCAGAAGCCAAGUUUCCAAGCUUUUCCACGCGUCUAACUGCAGAACUUGUAAAUUCUUCUUUGAUGCCCAUGAUGCGGAAUGCCUCGAGAUACAACAGAGCUCAGGCUCAUUCCUCUCUCAAACAGAGGCGAAGUGGCUAUGAACCUUCCGAUGCGGAAUCUGAAUGGCGGGAGAGUCCAUGGGAUGAUCUAAAGAAAGAUAGUAAUCAAAGGGGCCGGGUUUUAGUCGCAGAACCGCUGAAAACUGCAUUACGUUCUGCGAGAAGUAUCAGUCCCUUGGGCCAUGAUCAAAGGUACGCUGCAAAGCCUGAUCAUGAUUUCUCUUUCCCUAUUAAAGCUUCAGAAGUCAGCCCAAUCCCAAGGAGUAAAAGUAUAUCUCCAUACAGACCACACGUAGAUGAUGGUGGUAGUAUUUUGCCUAAAUUAGGCUCUCAUUUAGGUGCAAAUGGCACUCAUUUUGCAGUUUCUGAGAAUCAGAGGCAUAUUUCUUCAUUUGAAGUGGGGAAAGAGGAACCCUAUGUGGAAAACGACGAGCUUAAAGGCUCAUACUGGAAACCAAACCAAAAAUCUCCACACAAGUUUAUGGACUCAGGGAAAGCUUCUAGAAUGAGCGAGAGGUCUAACUACAGCCACAGGUCCAUGUCGACUCCAAAAUUGAGAGCAAGGGAGAAAGUGCAGCACACUAGUAUUGUUUCCAAGGAGCAAAGAUGGGACAGAAGCCCCUCACCAUUAGCAGGAAUCCCGGUUCAGAAACAGAAGAAAAGUUCUCACACAAAAGCACCUUCUGCUAGUGAAAUCAAUGAAAUGAUUGCUAACGAAAAGCUUUCAAAAAGUGCAGUUCCUGAUGCUUUAAUGAUGGAAAGCACAGACUCGAUUCCUCAAGGCGAUAUCUUCUUUUCUCGUGACUUCACAGCCUUGCAUAAAGAUGCAGUUCCGAAGAACAUUGGUUCUGGAAGCAGCUUUGCACCCAAAGCUAAGGCAGUUUCUGAAAGAAUUUCCAACGUUCAACAGACAAGCAGAGGAAUCAGUGGUUUCGAUCAGAAUAUGCAAGUGUCUGCAGUCAGUACUGUUCCAUCGCAAAGAAAUAUGUUCUCGAGCUCUGCUAUGAGUAGGCAGAGUUGUAGUAAAACUAGCGAUGGAAGUAGUAAGAUGGCUGAUGGUAGCAGAGUGAUGAGUGAGAGUUUCCGGAAAUUCACUGCCAGCAUACAAAGAAGCCAAAAGGACAUGUGGUUCUCUUGUGUAAGGGGCGGUGCUUGCGGGAACUCGAAGUCUCCUGAAACUAGGAACAUAGAUGAGGCUUCAUUUAUUGAGAGGGCAUUCGUGGUGGAAAACCUUAGACAGUUCUGGGCUGACAAGCAUCGACCUGAUUCAUUGAGUGGAUUCAUUUGCAACAAAUCACAAGCCCAACAUCUCAAGCAAUUGAUAUCCCUCCACAACUGCCCUCAUCUUCUGUUCAGGGGACCUUCGGGCUCAGGAAAGAAAGCCCUAGGCAUGGCUUUACUGUGGGAAAUUUUCGGUGCUUCAGCUUGGCAAAUCUCAAAUGAUUUAAGAUACUUCCAUGUUCAGGAAACUCAGCAAAUGCCAGUGGUUGUUCCACUAACUUCAAGCCCUCACCAUGUGGAGCUUAAUCUGAAGUCUAUAUCAAAGAAUGCCAGAUAUGCAUUAAUGGCUCUAGUCAAGGAAAUAACCAGCAACCGUGCACCUAUUCCUGAAUUCAGUGAUGCAAGCUUAAAGGCAGAUUACAAAGUAAUCGUUCUCUAUGAGGUUGAUAAACUCGCAGACAAUGUGCAACACUUGAUAAAGUGGAUAAUGGACUGUCAUACAGAUGCAUGUAAGAUCAUACUCUGUUGUGAAGAUGACACUGGCCUUCUCGAAUCCAUCAAAAGCCGCUGCAAGCUUAUUACAGUGGAUGCCCCUGUUACUCAUGAGAUCAUGGAGGUUCUUAUUCAAAUAGCAAGGAAGGAGAACUUUGAUCUGCCAAUGAGUUUUGCAGCUAAAAUUGCAACCAAAUCGAAGCAGAACUUGAGGAACGCAAUCAUGGCACUUGAAGCAUGCAAAGCACACAACUAUCCUUUCACCGAUGAACAACCAAUCCCACUAGGCUGGGAAGAGCUCCUGGUGGAACUUGCAGCAGAGAUUCUAGCCGAUCCAUCACCCAAAAGACUGCCUUUUGUACGAGGGAAGUUUCAGAGACUGCUGGUGGAUAUUGUCCACCCCAAACUAAUCCUUCAGAAGCUUGUGGAACAGUUUCUUAGGGGAGUAGAAGCUAGUCUAAAAAGAGAGCUUUAUUACUGGCAUGCUUACUACGAUAAGAGACUGCCCUCUGGAACAGGCGCCCUCCUGAAAUUAGAAGAGUUUGUUGCGAAGUUCAUGAGCAUAUAUGGGAAGGGCUUCAGUGGCAGUGGUCGGUUGCAGUGCAAAUAAAGACCCAUGUUUAGAGAGGAAUGAUGGGAGUUUUAACGGCUUUGAGGAUCGCAGCAUUGCAGUGUCUAAAUAAAAGUAGGAAUUCUAAAAGAUGUAAAUCUGGUGCAAAAACUGUUUAUGUUUACAAGGGGGCUUUGGAUGCUGUUCGUUAUCUUCAUAAUAUCCCUGUUUUUU